UCACGUCGCCUCCAACUUCCCACAAUCCACCGCGGCUCCUCCACAUUUGGGAUCUUGUGCUGUGUUUGAGUGUCAAACCCAAGAUGUCGCUCCACCGUUUGUUUGCACUGUCAUCCGUGCUGCGCUCCGCCGUGAGCCUCACUCUGCGCAGGAACAUCGGGAUCUCCGCCAUCGUCUUUAACCGGGCAAAGGAGCUCGACCCAGUCCAGAAACUCUUCCUGGACAAGAUCCGUGACUACAACACCAAGAGCAAAGCUUCUGGAGGCAUCGUGGAGGCUGGAGCUGCUUACCAGAAGAACGUUUCUGAAGAGGUGACCAAACUGCAGAGGUUAUACGGAGGAGGAGACAUGGACAAGUUCCCCGACUUCAAAUUCCAAGAGCCCAAACUUGAGGAAGUGACCAAGUAAAAAAACUGUGUCCAUGUUCUUUUUCUCCUACAUGUCACCAAUAUGUAAUUGUAUUUAAUAAAAAGAUGGUGGAAUUGAA